AUGGCUGCCGGUGCAACGUCACACGAAUUUACUCAUCAAAACGGCACUUAUGAAGUGUUGAUGUACCAACCAUGGGCAGUGGCUAUCCAGACAGUCACCCUUACAAUCACCACAUUGUUUGUGAUUACCGGCAACAUUGUGUGCUUCUUAGUGUUGAUGAGAACCCGAGAUGGGAAUGAAGUUACCCGUUUAUGUAUGCUGUCUCUCACCGCUACGGACAUCGGUGUUGGUUUCUUGGUGUGUAUACCGAUCACCGGUGCGACCGCGGUGAACUACUGGCCGUACGGAGACGCCUUCUGCCUGGGGGUGGCCGGAGGCACCAUACUCCUCUCCCUCGGUGGUAUCUUCGUGGUUGCCGUGAACGUUGAGCGUUACGUCGCGAUCGUAUGGCCGUUACGCAGCGUGACUUACGUUACAAUACCACGUGCACGAUUCGCACUAGGGAUGGUGUGGAUUGUUGGGGGUAUCUUCUGCGGUAUGUAUUGUUUCCUCCCCGGGCGGAAGGCCGUGUAUCAUCCACACUUCCACACGUGUUUCGUCGACCCGGAAGACCCUGAAAAGAAAGAUGUAUUCGGUGUAAUGGCGGCUUGGAUCUUCGCCAUCGUGCCGUUCCUGACGACCCUUAUUCUCUACUCUCACCUGUACCUCAUAGCGCGGCGUCACGCCCGCCAAAUCAGCGUCAUGGAGGUGGGUCACCUGAACAAUCGCCGUGUGAUAAAAAAAUCAGACCUUAAAACGGCCACCACAUUUUUCAUCAUCACUGCGGUCCUGGCCUUCUCCUGGCUGCCGUUCUCAACCGUGAUUUGUUACGAGGGACUGACUCGACACGAGGCACAUCCACUUAUAACCUUCACAUCUGAAAUCCUGCUCCUGUCGAACAGUUACUGGAAUAUUGUCAUCUACUACUUCAGGAACGAGAAGUUCCGGCAGGCCGGCCGCAAGUCCGUCCGGCAAUGUUUUCGUCGUGGGGGGAGGUCCCGGGAUAACGAGAUAGAGGCCACGAGUAGGGUCGUCGGGGAGUUGCCCCAUUCCGGCAACCAACGGGUGGUGAUAACUCCACACUUUUGA